AUGUCCACCCAAGGCUCAAGACUCCAAGGCAAAGUCGCCAUCGUCACCGGAGGAGGCUCUGGAUUUGGCGCCGCAAUCGCCCGCCGCUUCGGUGAAGAAGGUGCAAAAGUAAUCGUCGCUGAUAUAAACACCGAUGGUGGCGAGAAGGUCGCCGCGCUGAACCCCGCAAGCUUGAUCUUCCAGCGCGUGGAUGUGACACAAGCGGAUGAUUGGAAGGUGGUUGUCGACCUUGCAUUCUCCAAGUUUGGACAAUUGGAUAUUUUGGUUAAUAAUGCGGGCACUACAUACCGAAAUAAGCCCACGAUCGAAGUAACCGAUGACGAAUUCGAGCGGGUGUUCAAUGUCAAUGUUAAGAGUAUUUUCUUGGCUGGGAAGAUUGUGCUUCCCCGCUUCAUUGAACAAGGAUCUGGGGGUUCGAUGAUUAAUAUCUCUUCUACUGGUGCGAGUCGGCCGCGCCCGGGGCUGGUUUGGUAUAAUGCAUCCAAGGGUGCGGUUACGAAUGCUACCAAGGGUCUUGCAGCGGAAUAUGGUCCGCAUAAUAUUCGUGUGAACUCCGUCGCGCCUCUACUUUCCGGGACUGGACUUUUCUCCAUGUUUACCGGCAUGGAAGAUACCCCUGAGAACAGGGCGAAGUUCAUUGGUAACGUGCCUCUAGGACGUCUCACCGAGGCAGAUGAUAUUGCCAAUAUGUGUUUGUACCUCGCCAGUGAUGAGGGAAGCUUUAUUAACGGUACGGAGAUGGUUGUUGAUGGUGGAAAAUGUAUUUGA